AAAAUUGUAUAAAUAAGAAUUCAUAUUCGACAGCACAAGCAAGGUCUCAUGGCGGAGGCGAAGCAGAUACUGGGUUUUGUAUUAGCAUUGCUGGUAGUGUUGACAUGGACACCGACCUCUUACUGUGCAAAGAAGCCAGUAGCAGGGCCAAGAAAGGGUGACGUACCGUACAUCAAAUGCCAAGUCUGUGAAAAGAUCGCAACUCAGUUGUACCAGCAAGUGCAGAAGAAGCAGGCCCAGAUCUCUCCCAAGAAGAUCUCUGAGUAUCAGAUUAUUGAGAUUGCGGAGAAUGUCUGUAAUCUGAAGAAGGAGGAAGCUGAUUGGAUUACACGGAUUGAUAUAGUUGAACAAGGGGAUAAGUUGGAGUUGGUUGAACAAGACACUGAAGGAAUAUGUAAUUCAGAAUGCAAGACGAUUGAACGGGCUUGUGAGGAGGUUAUGGGGUAUUCUGAUACUGAUGUUGCCGAAUAUCUUUAUACAGCCAAGCCUCAGAUUGGAUCACUGGUAGAUUAUCUCUGCAAAGACCUUACUGGGUCAUGUAUUGGCAAGCCACCUCCCCUCCCAAAGGAUAGGCUGGCAGGAGAACCUUUUAUGCCUAAACCAUCGAAAGAUGCUGAAAUGGAUAAAAUGUUGCGUGAUAUGCAGGGAAUGCCUGGAGCACCUAACAUGCAAAUGUAUUCAAAAGAUGAUUUGAUGAAUAUGAAAAAUUUUGGUGAUGAUGGAGAUGUUGACGAAGACGAAGAUGAAGAGGAGGAAAGCAUUCCCUCAAAGUUGGGAAAAGUUCUGAGAGAGAGCAAAAAUAAGGACGACUGGAAAGAAAAGAUCAAAAAAGGAGUUGUCAACACGGGUGAGACGUUGAAGAGCCAUGCGAGAAAGAUCUCUAACAGGAUACAGCAUUGGUGGAGUGGAACAAAAGCAGCUCCUGCAAAGAAGAAAUCAAAGUCCGGCAAGUCAGAGCUUUAGAACCCAUGUAUGAUACCAUUCUGUACGGUAUUGCAGAGGAUCUACUCCCUUUUGUUUACUGUUAACAUUGUAGGUUGUUAGGCAUGGCAUGAUCUGAAAAUUUUUAUACGAAAUAGGAACUCAAGGGCAAGUCAAAAUUCGAGGGCAAAUCAAAAUUGCAUCUUUUAGGAGUGAACAAAACUUUCUCGACGAACAAAAUUACGCGAAGUUUUUUGAUCCAUUGCUGUUAACUUUCUCUGAGUUGUGUACUUAGAGAAAAAAAAAAACACCAACAAAGCGAAACUCUCUGGAGGUAUUGUUUGAAAGAAUACGUUUUGAUUUAUUUUUG